AGGGGUAGCUAUGGAGAUGGAGCGUUUUCCUGGCUGCUUUCUUUGACAGGUGUUGAGUGGGGCAAAAGUCUUAAAACAGAAUCCAGCAUGUACGCCAAAGGUAAAGGAGCUGUGGUCCCUUCCGACAGCCAAGCCCGAGAAAAGUUAGCUUUAUACGUGUAUGAGUAUUUGCUGCAUGUCGGCGCACAGAAAUCAGCACAGACCUUCCUGUCAGAGAUCCGAUGGGAGAAGAACAUCACACUCGGGGAACCUCCGGGAUUUUUACACUCGUGGUGGUGUGUAUUCUGGGAUCUGUACUGUGCCGCCCCGGACCGUAGGGAGACAUGCGAACAUUCCAGCGAGGCCAAGGCCUUCCACGAUUAUAGUGCGGCCGCUGCCCCCAGUCCAGUGAUGGGCAACAUGCCGCCCAACGAUGGCAUGCCGGGAGGACCCAUGCCACCGGGAUUCUUUCAAGGUCCCCCAGGAUCUCAGCCUUCCCCUCAUACACAGCCUCCCCCACACAACCCCAGCAAUCCCAUGAUGGGCCCUCAUGGACAGCCAUUCAUGUCGCCGCGGUACCCAGGUGGUCCGAGACCCGCACUCCGCAUGCCAAACCAGCCGCCCGGGAGCAUUCCCGGAUCACAGCCUCUCCUGCCAAACAGCCUGGACCCCACCAGACCUCAAGGACAUCCAAACAUGGGCGGUCCGAUGAGAAUGAAUCCCCCUCGAGGAAUGGGGGGCAUGGGUCCACAGAAUUACGGUGGAGGAAUGAGGCCUCCUCCAAACUCAAUGGGGCCAGGGAUGCCCGGCAUGAAUAUGGGUCCUGGCGGAAGGGGUCCAUGGCCGAACCCUAACAACAACUCAAUAGCUUAUUCGUCUUCAUCUCCGGGCAACUACGUAGGCCCCCCAGGGGGAGGAGGCCCACCAGGAACUCCCAUCAUGCCGAGUCCUGGAGAUUCAACAAACUCAAGUGAAAACAUCUAUACAAUGAUGAACCCCAUUGGCCCUGGUGGAAAUAGACCUAACUUCCCAAUGGGACCGGGGCCAGACGGGCCCAUGGGUGGCAUGGGUGCCAUGGAGCAGCAUCAUAUGAACGGCUCGCUAGGGUCUGGUGACAUGGACGGGUUGCCAAAGAAUUCUCCCAACAACAUGGCAGGCAUGAACAAUCCGCCUGGCACUCCUCGGGAUGACGGCGAGAUGGCAGGCAACUUUUUAAACCCAUUCCAAAGUGAAAGUCCCCUCGGGAUGCCCAUGGACAGCAGGACCCCCCUCAAGGGCCCCCAUCCCAGCGUCUGUAAAAUGGGAGUAAGAACAUGAGACUUUCUUCCUCGCCUGCUGCGACCACUCCCCCUCCACCCCUCCUUGUCAUGAGCCUUGGAGCCCCCCUCCCCCCAAAAUAUCACACCCAGUCCAUUCAACCAGUCAUGAAGCUCAACAAUGGCAGAAAUAAUAAGCACAGGCCCCCCAAAAAAUGCGCAAUAUAUAUUUUUUAAUUUUAUCUCCUGACAAAUAUCUUGAGGUGUUUCGCUCCAUUCAAGGCCUGCUGGGUAAUGGGAAAUAUCACAUUCGGAGCUCAAAGUGUUUUGUUGACAAGUAAACAAAAAAACACUCGAUCAGUAUUUUAUGUUCUUUUUAUGUUGUGACAAUUAAUUUCCACAAAUCAGUUGUAUUCAAUGGCAAUCUAUAUUAUAACAAAUACCUAAAGAUAGGUAUCUCCAUGUACUGUACAAAUAGUACAUCAUACAUACAGUACAUAUACAUAUGUGAUGGACAGUGGAUAUAGAACAGCUUAACUUUAUUUGGGGUUAAUCAAAGGCACUUUAAAUGGUGCCAGGUGUGUGCUGACUCCCAUUUAACAUGAGUUUGAAUGUGAUUGGUUCAUUCUGAACACAGCCACUUCCCCGGUUUUAAGGGUGUGCACACUUGUGCAACCACAUUUUCUCAGUUGUUUAUUUUUACUUCCCCUCUCGAAAAGGAUAAACAAAAAUUCAAUUGAGUUGUAGAGGUGACAGGUGCAAAAAGGUUUUGAAAUUCCUCUUGGUUUCAUGUUUUUGUAUCAUAGAAACCAGGCAUUUGAACAGGGGUGUGGAGACUUUUACUAUCCACUGUAUGUCAAAGUACAUCAUGAUUUCCGCCAAGUUCAUGAAAAGCAACUCUGACUUGAAGCAGUUUUACAAUGCACUUUUUCCUAGUCUGAGGUCGGAAACUUCCGCUUUCCCAGUUUCAUGGAAUGCAGCAUAAAUCCGUCAAGGUUGAAUCUUUUGAGGUGAGCCAACAGAUUUGAUCUCAUGUGUAAAUAUUUAACCCAUAUUGCUGUCCUUUUAUUCAUUUUAUUCCUUUCCUUUUUAUUAAAUCCCUAAAAUGUGUUUACCCCCUGCAUCAGUUUUUUAUUUUUUUAUUUUUUUUAAUGGAGUUUAACAUGACCUCUUUUCGAUUCAAGACUUAUUGUGUUUAUUUGGACUCGAAUUCAAUUGUGGUGAUUUUGCCCUUUGGUAUGAAGGAGUAUUAGGGCCACACUGCAAAGAUAAACUGUAUUGUCAAAAUGAAUUUUAAAAAAAAUAUUUUUGAUAUUGAGAAUAAAGUUUGAAUAUCACAAGAAUGAAGUUGAACUGUUAAGGCAAUAUUUAUAGUUUUACAAGAAUAAAGUCAUAGUAUUAUGAGAAUAAAGUCAGAUUUGUACAAGCAUAAACCUGUUGAGGAUCUUGUCAAUUUAAUCUUUCACAUUUUCUUAAACUUUUUUCUUGCAAAAAUAAACAAUUAUGUUCAUAAUAUUAGUACAUUAUUCUCAUCAUAUUACAAUUUUUUGGGGGAAAAAUACACCUUUAUUUUCAUGAUAUUAAACUAUUAUUCUUGUAAUGUGACUUUUUUUUCACUUGAAAUAAUACAUCUCUAUUCUGAUAAUAUUACACAUUUAUUCUAAAGGGAUACAGUAAAAAAAAUUUACUUGGGGGGGAAAAAAUAACCUUUAUCGUCAUAAUAUUACAACUUUAUUGUUGUAAUCAUCUGACUUUUUUUCUUGGAAAAAAGACUUCUUUAUUCUUCUAAUGUUAUGACUUUUUUUCUUAAAAAGAAAAUGCAACUUUCUUCUUAAAGUACAACUUUGUCACCUUAUUUUCUCAUCAUCAGUUUGAAAAAAAAAUACAACCUAAUAUAAUAAUAUAAUGCCUUGAACCGUAAUAUUACAAGUUUAUUCUCAUAAAAUAAAACUAUUUCAUUCAUAAUAAUACAACUUUUUUUCUUAAAGAAAUAAAGCGUUUUAUCAGGAUAAUGCCACGUUUACUCCUUAAUAAUACGUUUUUUCUUCCAACUUUAAAAGAAAAACUACAACUUUUUAAAAACUACAACUCUCAAAAUCUCUUAACACGUACUCGUUUUUUCUCUUUUUUUUAUAGCACGGCCUUAAUACUUCUUCAUACAUUGGUUAAGUAGUCCAGACUGUUGGAAAGAUGACAGAAUCAACUAAGUGAUAUGUUUGUUUUUUUCCUUUGUUGUUUUAUCAGAUUGUUUUGAUCCAUUCAGCAGUAAGAAUAAUCCACAGAACGUCCACAGAAUCUUCUAAGUGACAUGAUUAUUCCUGUACAUUUGGCCUGAGUUUAAAGGGAUAAAAAUUAUAUUGUUAUGUUAUGUGCUGGGUGGAUAUCUCCAGGAUUUGGCUCCCAGAGGAGGCCGCCCAGGGAGACACUCCCACCGGUCAACAUAAUGACACGUACCCUCCCUUUCUUUCCUCAAAUACCACCCCUCUUUACUUUUUAAUUUUUCGUUUUGUUUUUGUAAAUACUGUACAAUGCAUUUUGAUAUCAUGGACAUGUUUUGAUAUGUCAGUCACUACCGAUGAGUACAGCUGAGAGUAAAUUAUUAAUGAAACUGUCCAUGUUUUUUCAUAGAGGAAAGAGGACACCCGUUGACUAUUUGGCUCACAUGUGGCUAAAUGUCCACUCUGGGGAAAAAAAGAAAAGAAAAAAAAAGUUGUUCUAGGACGCAGAGAUGACUAGAAGUAAUCAUUAAAACCUGACCUCAUAUUGCAGUUUUUAAUAUGAAGGAUUUUUUUAGCCAUUGAAAACACUCAAGAGGAGUUUGUUAUUAAAUGACCGUGACGGGGUGAAAAGAAAAACAGUGUCCUUUGAUAUGGAGUCCUGUACAGACACUCUCUCAGUCCUCUGUGUAUAUGGAUCAUCUCUGUACUUCUAUUGUGAUGUAUAAUACUGUACCAUUAGGAGUAAGAUCUGCUGGUCAUGUUGAG